AUGAGCUGCUAUAUUAAAUAUUACACGGAGUACCUACCCAGAAUUUCAAGUGUCGUUGUUUCGAUCGAGAUUUUGAACCAUUUGGCACAUAUUGCAGACAUAGCGUUAGUGAGUCCACUUGAGCUCGUUCUAAAGUUUAGUGACGGCCAUAAUGAUCUGAUAAAAUUAUCUCACGCUGUUUAUCAUCCUUACAAUAAAAUUGCCAAAUCUUUCUUACAGUUUUCACCAGAUGACAAUUGUUAUACUUUGAAGCUCAAAUGUAUGGAUAAGAUUGAAGAAAUCAAUUCCCGGUCACAGAACUAUUUCAUGUCUUUCAAUGACCACUAUAGAUGGAACGCCAAAUAUUUAAACUCAAUGAGGAAAAACGACACAGAAUUCAAAAUAUGUUGUUUAAAUUGUAGGAAUGAAAUAAUCAAUUCCUCGGAUAUUAAUCGGAUGAAUGAGUUGCCAUCGGAGAUAUGGUCGGAUAUGAUGGAUUUUUGGCAUUGUCAUAAACCUCAUGAAAAUGGAGAACACCAAGAAGUUGAUGCAAAUAAAUAUUCAGUGUUAAGACCCUCCCAGAACUCUAUAAAUAUUGGGCUUUAUUAUUUCUCUUUGAAUAAUGGUGAUGCGUUUAAUACAGGGUUGAAUAUUGAUACCGAAACUAUUGAUUUUGAAAAAAAUCUGAAUCCCGUACAAUGUCUGAAAUGCGAGCAUGUUUUGGGUGCAUUAGACUUCAAAACUAAUUUAAUUAAGUUGAAUAAAUGGAAUUUCAAGUUGAUACAGAGUGAUAAAGAGGAGAUAUUCAAUCCUUAUUCAUUUGCAUACAGUCUAAUUAUUGAUCUGAUCAAUUCGAGUGCUUCUCGGGUAUUUCAAGUAGUGAACAACAACAAAAUAUAUGGCAAGACUCCCUACAAUGGAACAGUGCCGAAUGUAUUAUAUAUAUGGGUAUUUAAUUCAGGAAUUACUGCCUCGGUAACUGGAUUGAAUUUAUUAGAAGAUUGUCUAAAAAUUUAUUACUCAACUAGCUGGGAAGUUCUUGAAUCAGAAAGACGCGUUACUAACAAGCGGUCUUUCAAAAACGAGAUCGAGUCUGAAGAAAUCGAAUUACAGAGUGAUGUAAUGGCCGAUUUAUUUGAAAUGCUCCAAAGAUCGAAUAAGAAUUUACCAAAAAACUGUAAAACCAUGGGUAAAUGGGAGCUAGGCUUAUUGCCAUUUGAGUGGAAGCAGUAG